AUGCUGAACAAGACGUGCCAGACGUGCUUUCGGGCCAAGAUCCGAUGCGUCAAGUCGCAGGACUCCGGCUUGUGCGACCGCUGCUUGCGCCUCGACAAGCCGUGUCGGUUUGCCGCAUCCCGUCGCCCCGCCAAGAAACAUGAUGCUGGGGGUGAUGCUGUGCGACCUGUUGCGGCGCCUUCCACAGGUUCUCUGCACAGUGCAUGCCCGUUUGGAAGGGGGCUACUCUCUCGGAGCCAUGGCUCCAAGUUGGUCGACAUUUUCCGGACGAAAUUGGUGCCACACUUUCCGUUCGUCGUCGUACCUACAGACGUAACUGAAGAGCGGCCACUGCUCCAUCUUGCCGUCUUGUCUGCGGCGUCCUUUGACGACGUCAGCCUCCAGCGGCGGCUCGGGACCCUGUUCAGUGACGUGGUUGCAAAGAGGCUGGCCAGCGGUCCGUUUGCGACAUUGGACAUGCUUGAGGCCCUGCUCGUGCACUGCGCGUGGACGCAUUACCAACCCAAACCGAGAAAUUAUUCCCAGUACCUUUCCCUUGCCGUGAGCAUCGUCACAGAUUUGCGCAUGGACCGCCCGAGGAACCCGCUGCUCUGGAGCGUGGAGACGGACGCCCGGCACGACAAUGACUGGGGACCUGAGGAGGUACGGGCAGUCGCGGGAGCAUACUACUUGGCCUCCAGCUCGUCCAUGCUGCUGCAAAAAGCUCGCUCCUUUGCCUAUACGGCCUACCUCGGAACGUCGUGUCGGAACCUAGCCUUGCAGAGCGCGGCGGAUGGCGACAAGUACCUGCCCUACAUCGUAGAAGCACAGCGAAUCGCCGAAAGCAUAGAUGCCCUCACUGGCGAACCCGCUUCGGCUGGUGCGGCUAGGCUCCGAACGCUCAACGAAGAGUACGCGGCGCUCAAGUCGUCGGUGACCUUUCCCCUCAGUAACAGCCCGCCGUUGAUUGUUCUCAUGAACAUGCUUGAGCUUCUGAUGCAUUCGGCGCCAGGCACCGCCUCGUUCAACCUCGCCGAGAUUCGCGACUCUAGUCUCUGCCCCCCAUGGCUCCUUGAGCGAAUCCACGCGGUCAGGUUGAUGAUCAAUACCCUCGUCACCAUGGCGCCAGGUGACGAGUAUGGCCUCUCCAACAUUGAAUGGAUCACAAUGCAUUGUGCACUGUCUCUGGCGGCCCGCAUGGACAUUGUUGCGGCCAGUUCUGGGAUUGGCGCAACGCAGGCUAGGAGGGCGCUGGACAUGCCGCACAGCCUGAAGCAGGUGCUUUUGCGCCUAGAGAGCGCUUCGGACGGCACACUUGACCAGGGCGGUGACCACGACCCGUUCCAUCAACUGGCACGGCGAGUGAGGCGUUUGGAAGAAUGGCAUCUGGCGCGCCUUGAGCGGAUAGAAGUGCCUGUGGCGUCACCGUCUGCCGACCGUCUCGACAGUCUCGACACCAACGCGGCGCAUCCACUCGAGUGGACCGACCCAUUUCCUGGUCAGCCAGAGGCUCAGCCUGCGGACUGGCUCGAGGACUACAUUGGCGCAGGGUUUGGGGCAUUUGGCAUGCCCGGAUUCGCGUUGGAGGAUCGGACCCGCUGA